GUCAAUGGGAAGGAUCUCUCAAGGGCCACCCAUGAGGAGGCAGUGGAAGCCUUUCGCAAUGCCAAGGAGCCCAUUGUGGUCCAGGUGCUAAGGCGAACACCUCUUAGCAAACCAGCCUACUUGACGCCCCCUGAGGUGCAGCUCAUGAACGCCAGCACCCAGACAGACAUCACCUUCGAGCACAUCAUGGCGCUGGCCAAGCUCAGACCUCCGACUCCCCCGGUGCCUGACAUCUGUCCUUUUCUGCUCUCAGACAGCGGCCAUUCUCUUCCUCCAAUGGAACAUGAAUUUUAUGAGGACCAUGAGUAUCUUUCCAGUCUACCUGCUGAUGCAGACAGAGCUGAGGACUUUGAAUAUGAGGAGGUCGAGUUAUGUCGUGUUAGCAGUCAAGAAAAGCUGGGCCUGACAGUCUGUUACCGAACGGAUGAUGAAGAAGACACCGGCAUUUACGUCAGCGAGGUUGAUCCAAACAGCAUUGCUGCACGAGACGGCCGAAUUCGAGAAGGGGAUCGUAUUCUGCAAAUAAAUGGGGAAGAUGUCCAGAAUCGAGAAGAAGCAGUGGCGUUGCUGUCUAGUGAUGAGUGCAAGAGGAUCGUGCUGCUGGUUGCAAGGCCAGAGAUCCAGCUGGAUGAAGGCUGGCUGGAAGAUGAAAGGAAUGAGUUCUUAGAGGAGUUAAACUUGGAGAUGUUGGAAGAACAGCAUAAUGAAGCAACACAGCACACGGCCAAGGAGGUGGAGCAGCCAAAAAAACAGGAAGAAGAAGAAGGCACCACAGACACAGCUACAUCUUCAUCCAAUAACCAUGAGAAGGAUAGCGGCGUAGGCCGCACAGAUGAAAGCUUAAGAAACGAUGAGAGCUCAGAGCAAGAGAAUGUGGCUGAGGACCCCAAAAGAACAUUUUUGAAGAGCAAGCGAGAACUGGGGCAGAGCCAAGACACUCUGGGAAGCAUUGAACUUCAGUGCAAUGAGAGCUUCGUGUCUGGUGAAUGCCUGGACUCCGAUUGCAUUGGCCACCCAGAUGAGGAGUGUGAAAGGUUCCGGCAGCUCUUGGAGCUCAAGUGCAAGAUUGGAAAUCAUGGCGAGUAUGACCUGUAUUACUCCAGCAGCACAAUCGAAUGCAAUCAGGGGGAACAGGAGGGAGUAGAGCAUGAGCUGCAGUUGCUUAAUGAAGAGCUAAGAAAUAUUGAACUUGAGUGUCAGAAUAUCAUGCAGGCUCAUAGGCUCCAGAAAGGGACGGAACAGUACGGAGACUUCUGGGCACUGCAUGAGGAAGGGUUCCGAAAUUACAACACCAGCAUGGACAUGCAAAGGGGGAAACUCGACGACAUCAUGGAACACCCAGAGAAGUCAGACAAGGACAGCUCUAGUGCUUACAACACAGCUGAAAGCUGCAGAAGCACUCCACUCACUUUGGACCGGUCCCCUGACAGUUCCCUCCCAAGAAUGAUCAACCUCACCAACAAGAAAAAUCUGAGAAGUACAGCUGCAGCCGAACAGUCCUCUUCUGGACAGAGCAGCAAAGAGUCUGCCUCCACCAAAGCCAAAACUACCGAACAAGCUUGCAUCAUGGCCUGCAAGGAGAAGAUGCUGGAAAGCAAGCUUUCUGAUCAGGAGAAGGCAGGCAGCGAGCACACCCCCUACCUCUCUCCCUAUCACAGCUCGUCCUACAGAUUCGCCAACAUCCCGGCACAUGCUCGCCACUAUCAGAGCUACAUGCAACUCAUUCAACAGAAAUCGGCGGUCGAGUACGCGCAGAGCCAGCUCAGCUUGGUGAGCAUGUGCAAGGAGUCCCCUAAGUGCUCGGAGCCCAAGAUGGAGUGGAAGGUGAAGGUCAGGAGCGAUGGUACCCGUUACAUCACCAAGAGGCCCGUGCGGGACCGCAUUCUGAAGGAGCGUGCCUUAAAGAUCAAGGAGGAGCGGAGCGGCAUGACCACGGAUGACGACACCAUGAGUGAAAUGAAGAUGGGGCGCUACUGGAGCAAGGAAGAGAGGAAGCAACAUCUGGUGCGGGCCAAAGAGCAGCGGCGGCGCCGUGAGUUCAUGAUGCGGAGCCGGCUGGAGUGUCUAAAGGAAAGUCCCCAGAGUGGCAGUGAGGGCAAGAAGGAGAUCAACAUCAUCGAACUGAGUCACAAGAAGAUGAUGAAGAAGAGGAACAAGAAAAUCUUGGACAACUGGAUGACAAUCCAAGAACUGAUGACGCAUGGAGCUAAAUCUCCCGACGGCUCGCGGGUUCAUAACGCCUUCCUGUCAGUCACCACUGUAUGACCGGAUGCAACUGAUUUUCAGAGGAUGCUACCAGUUUGGGUAGAGUAUGAUUGCCUCGUUAAAUGUGGCAUUUUUAUAUAUAUUUUGUGACUCUUUAUAGUUUAAAUUUUUUGUAAGCAAAAAUACCUGGUAAUUUUUCAUUUGUUAUUCAUAUACUGGUACCUUCUUUUUGGCUGAGAUCUUCCUUUAACUUGUGAUAUAUUCGUACUACUCAUUUAUAUACAUAUAUAUAUAUAUAAAAGAAGAAGAAGAAAAGAAAAAAAAAUCCUUGAAGGAAAAUACCAAGGAGUCGAUCAAUUUCCUAUUUUAAUGUAUCUAUUGUAAGUUAAGAUCUGGAUUUAUUUCUCUAGUUUACUUAUUUUCUACUUUAAUAACAACUCAAUGCCAAAAUCUUUCUAUGCUUGCUUCUUGGUGGAAUAUGUAGUAAAUCAAACCUGUUAAUUAAUCACGUGCUACAUCUUGUUUUAUACAUAAUGCCACUUCUUUUGACAUCCUGUUGUACAUUAAACACAGAAAUGGCCAUUGUCUUUGUCUCAGUAAAGUGUAAGUGGACAAUCUUCUGUGAUAUGUGGUGACACAUUGGUCAUAUAGCUAGAUAAUUGUGGUAAUUGUGACAAUAAAAGAGAAAUAAAUUAUUGAUUAUCUUUAAGAAA